CCUACUGGUGGCCCCCACGGCCUUUGUCCUGAAGAAUUGGAGUUGGCUUUUCCCACAAGAGGCCAGAAAACCAGGGGAUGACCACUGGGCUCCUCACCACCAAGGCCCUGAUAUGCCCUUUGGAAGAGGACAAGACAGCUACUAGGAACCUUUCUUGGGUCCAAGGCCAUCAGAAAAGACAGGUCCAUGUUCUAGACAUCUACCAAAAACUUCUGGGUUGUCUUGGUUUGGUUGCCAGGUCACCUACACUGUGGUCAUUGUUGCCAGCUGGAAGGGAGGAGGAAGGGCUCUAAUGUCCACCCCAGAACAAAAGGUGGGUGAAAGCCUCAGAGUGUGGGAAUGGAGUCCCCGAUGGACAUCAGGACCUGAAAGAUUGCAGAAAUCAUACAAGAAACCAAACUGUCAGCCCCAAAGCAAGGCCUCUCUGGAGAACCACCCAAUAGUGUUGCUCUGGUGGAAAGACUGGGGGGCAGUGCGUAGUGCUCCCAGUGUGAGGAAACUGUGGGCUCAUGUGGCCAGAGCCAGACUGUGCCAGCAGCCUUCACACCUGUGAAGAUGCUCACUCAGGAGCAGCCAGAGGAUGGGUUUGGAGAAAAUGUGAGUCUGAAUCCUGAUCUCCCAACUCAACCAGCAGCUCCUGAAAGGCAAGGCCCCCAUAUGUGGGGAACACAGAGAAAGAGGGAGAAGCUGGACUCAAAUAUUCAACAGAAAACCUAUGCAAAAGAGAAACUUUACGAAUGUCAGGAAUGUGGAAAGGCCUUUAGUCACAGCUCAGCACUCAUUGAACACCAUCGGACACACACAGGAGAGAGACCUUAUGAAUGUCUCCAAUGUGGAAAAGGCUUCCACAACAGCUCAGCUCUUACCAAACACCAGAGGAUCCACACUGGUGAGAAACCCUAUAAAUGCUCUCGGUGUGGCAGGACCUUCAAUCAAAUUGCCCCAUUGAUCCAGCACCAGAGGACUCACACAGGAGAAAAGCCCUAUGAGUGCAGUGAAUGUGGAAAGGCUUUCAGUUUCAGGUCCUCCUUCAGCCAGCAUGAGCGAACACACACAGGAGAGAAGCCCUAUGAGUGCAGUCAGUGUGGGAAGGCCUUCCGCCAGAGCAUCCAUCUCAGCCAGCACCUGCGGAUCCACACCGGGGAGAAACCCUACCAGUGUGGAGAAUGCGGCAAGGCCUUUAGUCACAGCUCAUCCCUAACCAAACACCAGCGAAUCCACAGUGGAGAGAAGCCCUACGGGUGCCACGAGUGUGGAAAAGCCUUCACCCAGAUCACACCACUGAUUCACCAUCAGCGGACACACACAGGAGAGAAGCCCUACGAGUGCAGUGAGUGUGGAAAGGCCUUUAGCCAGAGCACACUGCUGACUGAGCACCGGAGAAUCCACACAGGAGAGAAGCCCUAUGGAUGCAAUGAGUGUGGGAAGUCCUUCAGCCACAGCUCCUCACUCAGCCAGCAUGAGCGGACGCACACGGGAGAGAAGCCCUAUGGAUGCAGUGAGUGUGGGAAGGCCUUCCGGCAGAGCACCCACCUCACUCAGCACCAGAGAAUCCACACCGGGGAGAAGCCCUAUGAGUGCAGUGACUGUGGCAAGGCCUUCAGUCACAGCUCAUCCCUAACCAAACACCAGCGAAUUCAUACUGGGGAGAAACCCUAUGAAUGCAACAAGUGUGGCAGAGCCUUCAGCCAGCUCGCUCCCCUCAUUCAGCACCAGAGGAUCCACACAGGAGAGAAGCCCUAUGAAUGCAACGAGUGUGGCAGAGCCUUCAGCCAGAGCUCCCUCCUCAUAGAACACCAAAGGAUCCACACCAAGGAAAAGCCCUACAGGUGCAAUGAAUGUGGGAAAUCCUUCAGUUACAGCUCAUCAUUAAGUCAGCAUGAGAGGGCACAUACCGGGGAGAAGCCCUACGAAUGUCAUGAGUGUGGAAAGUCCUUCAGGCAAAGCACCCACCUCACUCAGCACCGGAGAAUCCACACUGGGGAGAAGCCAUAUGAGUGCAGUGAGUGCGGCAAGGCCUUCACACAUAGCUCCUCCCUUACCAAGCAUCAGAGAAUUCACACUGGGGAGAUCCAAUACAAGUGUGCUGGGGGUGUGAGGAAGCCUUAAGCCACAGCCCAUCCCACAUUAGAGUU